AUAAAUGAGGCACUUCAAUAACAACGAUAAACCAAUAUUAAUUACAUUUUGGUAUAUUUAAAGUGUUGUUAUAACUUUACUUCACAAUUAUAGAUACAAUCCAAACAUGAAGGGAAAAGUCAUCAAUCUUCUAGUUUUGUUCUCGUGCUUUUGGUUAUCGGAACAGGCACAAGUGAAAGUUUCAAUUUAUUAUGAGACACUUUGCCCAGAUAGCAUUGCUUUUAUUAAGGACCAAUUCCAUCCUACCUAUAAGGAUCUCAAAGAUUACAUCGAUGUAGAAUUUGUGCCAUAUGGUCAUGCCUCAGAAACAAAUAUAACUGGACAAUGGGCAUUUACUUGCCAACAUGGCCCUGCUGAAUGUUUCGGAAACGCUUUCCACUCCUGUGUACUUGCUCUAAAUUCCGACAAAAGCAAAACAGAAAACUUUGUCUACUGUUCUAUGAGCGCAGAGGAUCCAGCUAGUCUUCAAAUUAUCGAACAGUGCCUUAACAAAGCCGGUCUGGACUGGAAAACAAUUAAAAAUUGUUACUUUAGUAAUGAAUACGUUAAAUAUCUUAUACAAAAUGGAGAAAAGACUAGAGCAGCUGAAGAUACUUCUUUCAUUCCAACCAUAGUGCUAAACGACAAAUUCAGUCAGCAAAAUCAGGACGACGCUAUUAGUGACUUCAGAAAAUUGAUCUGCAAGACCUUGAACAAUGGGCCAAACGAAUGUAAAGAAGACCACAUAAACGUAAUUUUAACUUAAAAUAUAAUAUAAAGUAAUAAAAAUACUCUUUAAUUUCUUUAAAAUUCUAGACCUUUGUAAAAGAAACUUAACUGCUAGAGAAAACAGAAAUAACGAAAAAUAAAGAUUAGAUUUUGUUCUGAAAUUAUA